AUGCCCUCUCUGGACCCGCAGCUGUCUCUGAAGCAUCCAUGCCAGAGUCCUUUCUUCCCUGCUCGCAGAAGCAAAACUCCGGCUGCGAAACACCGAGAGCCGCUCCCAAGCCUGCCGCUGGGCUGCACGGCGCCGUCCCACCGGGAGCGGGGGCUGGACGCGCCCUGGCGCCCUGCGCCUUGCCACCGGGAGCCUGUGCCGGGAACGGCAGGGGGAGAAGGACGAAGCUGCCGCUUAAGGCGCUCCGUGCGCAGCGGCGCCGCCGCCGGUCCCCAGCCCCCUGCCGGCGCUCUCCCGGUUGCGGGCUGCAGGCUCGCCGGGCACGGCGGUCAGUGCCGCCCCUGCGGGCCGGGCUGGCGAGAACGGAGCCGCGGCGCUGGCUCCCAGCUCCAGGCGACGCCAACCAGAGCGCCAAUGCCGAGCGCAGGCUCUCCCCAGGCGCGGAGGGCUGGAUGCGAUAAUCCAGACACGGGACCAGCACCGCUUGGCUCGAAGCCCGCCGAGGCCAACCCUCCCCUGACCCCGCCGAGGCUCUGCCACCGCCCAGCGGCUCCGGCUGCCCGGGGCUCUCCCGCUGCCAGCCCACCCGAUCCCAGCCGUGCCGGGGCAGGGCAGCCCGGCCACGCUUCCCGAGGUGCCCACAGCACAGCACCGCCCACCCCCUGCCGCCCCGCACCGCGCCCGGGCCGGCUGCCCCCUCCCGCAGCGCCCAGCGGCUGCCCUCGCUCGGGCUGGAACCGCUGCCCCCCGCUGCCCGGCGAAGGCGAACCCACACCGCGGCUCCUGCGGCUGCUGCCCGGUCAGCCCGGGGCUCUGCGACCCUCGAAACCGGGACAGGCGAGCUCGGGGGCCGCGGGGGGGCAGGCCGAAGCGGGGCCGGGAGCGCCGUCCUCGCCGCGCUGCCGCCUCGGGCACUGCUGCACCUCGGCAGCUGCGAAAGCCAAGCGCCGCUCCCGCCCCGCUCCGCUGCCCCGGGCCCGGCCCGCCCGGCGCAUCCCCCUGCCCGCUGCGGGGCCGCUCCGCCUCCCCUCUUCCCGUGCCCCCGAGUCCCGGCGGGCAGCGGCGACCCCAGCGAUCCCCCUGCCCGGCAACGCCGGCGAGGCCCCGGGCAGGCUGCAGAGAGCACCCGCCCCACCCCCACCCCGCUCCGCGACCCCCAGGAUGAGCGCCGGGAGGGGACCCGGGACGGGACCUCGCCGCCCGCACCGCUUACCUGGGCAGCGGCGGCGAGCGCGGCCGGUCCCGGGCGGCGCGGAGCGGGCAGGAGCGGCCCCGGCACCGGCGAGUGGAGCGCGGGGUCCUCGCCGGCCCUUCCUGCUCCCGGGCACACGGCCCCGGGCUGGCCGCGCACAGAGGCGCUCCGGCGCGGGCAGGGCUGGGCACCAGCGCCUGUCCCCCGGACACAGCCCGGCCGGGACCUUCCCGGCGCACUCCUUCGGCUCUCCCUGCUGCGUUCGCAUUUCUCUGCUCCCCCCCUUGGAGGCAGGGACCUGUCCCCGCUCCUGCCUGCCCCGCACGUUUCUCUCCUCCCCUCUGCCCGAAGGCCCUCAAGGCUCUCUCCGCUGGUUUUGGCUCCUUGUGGCCACACCACGGCGCUCCCCGCCCGAGGAAACCAGAGCGGGUCACGACCUGAAGGCCUCCCCGAGGGGCGAAGCUCUCCUGUCACGGCCUUUACCCGGGCCCCUGCGCGGCUGCAGCGCAGCCACAGCCGCCCGAGGCCGCCCCGAGCCCAGCGCCCGCCGGCCCCGCCGGCACCGCGCCCGGAACGGCGGCAGCGGCCGCGGCGGCGGCGGGGCGGGGCCGAGCGGGAAGGGGCGGGGAACUCACCCGCCAUUGGGGCGGGGCAAAGGGACGCACCCCUCUGCCAUUGGUGGGACGCAGCGGCUCGGGGGGCGGGGCUGUUCUCUGAUUGGGGGAGAGCUUUUCGUUCCCGCGAGAGCUGGGCGAAGCGCGGGAAACUGCUGCCGCGGCGGCGAGCGGAGCCGAACCGAGCCGAGCUGUGCCGAGCAGAGCCGAACCGAGCCGAGCCGUGCCGGGCCGGGGAUGCUGCCGCGGGGUGGCGGGAGGCGCGCCCAGCGGGGCGGCGGAGGAGAGCCCCAGGGAGCGCGGUGGGGCGGGCGGCGGGCGCCCGGGGCCCGAGAGCCGGCGGCGGGGGCUGAGGCGGCGGCGGCGGCAGCAGCAUCCGGCCGGGAUGAAGGCUCCGCGCUGUCCGCUCUCAAGCGGCUGGAGCGCUCGCAGCGCACGGACCAGCUGGAUGCGCUGUUCGGCUUCGAGCGGCUGGCGGAGCCCGGCGAGCGGACCGGCUGGCUCAUCAACAUGCACCCGACGGAGGUGCUGGACGAGGACCGCCGGCCGGUGAGCGCUGUGGACUACUACUUCAUCCAGGAAGAUGGGAGCCGCUUCAAGGUGGCCCUGCCUUACCAGCCCUACUUCUACAUCGCCACCCAGAAGGGCUGCGAGCGAGAAGUGUCCUCCUUCCUCUCCAAGAAGUUCCAAGGGAAGAUUGCAAAGCUGGAAACAAUCCCCAAGGAGGACCUGGACCUGCCCAACCACCUGGUGGGCCUGAAAAGGAACUACAUCAAGCUGUGCUUCAGCACGGUGGAGGAGCUGGUGAAGGUGCGGAGGGAGAUCGCCCCGGCCGUGAGGAAGAACAGGGAGCGGGAGCAGGCCAGCGACAUCUACACGGCCAUGCUGUCCAGCGCUCUGAGCGGGGGCAGCCUCAGCACGGAGGAGGAGGAGGGGCCCUGCAGGAAGGCUGCCAGCCAGAUGGAGCACAUCGUGGACAUGAGGGAGUUCGACGUCCCCUACCACGUGCGCGUCGCCAUCGACCUCCGGAUCCAUGUGGCACAUUGGUACAGCGUCCGGUACCGCGGCAGCGCCUCCCCGCCCGACAUCACCCGCAGGGACGACCUGGUGGAGCGGCCGGACCCUGUGGUGCUCGCCUUUGACAUUGAAACCACCAAGCUGCCUCUGAAGUUUCCUGAUGCAGAGACAGACCAGAUCAUGAUGAUCUCCUACAUGAUCGAUGGGCAGGGCUACCUGAUCACGAACAGGGAGAUUGUCUCUGAGGACAUUGAGGACUUUGAGUUUACUCCCAAGCCAGACUAUGAGGGUCCCUUCUGUGUCUUCAAUGAGCCAGAUGAAGCUCAUUUAAUCCAGAGGUGGUUUGAGCAUGUCCAGCAGACCAAACCCAACAUCAUUGUCACAUACAAUGGAGACUUCUUUGACUGGCCCUUCGUGGAAGCAAGAGCAGCAGCCCAUGGGAUCAGCAUGUCCCAGGAGAUUGGGUUCCAGAAGGACAGCCAGGGAGAGUACAAAGCCUCCCAGUGCAUCCACAUGGACUGCCUGAGGUGGGUGAAGAGGGACAGCUACCUGCCGGUGGGGAGCCACGGCCUGAAGGCGGCAGCCAAGGCAAAGCUGGGCUAUGACCCGGUGGAGCUGGACCCCGAGGAGAUGUGCAGGAUGGCCACGGAGGAGCCUCAGACCUUGGCCACCUACUCGGUGUCGGACGCCGUCGCCACCUACUACCUGUACAUGAAGUAUGUGCACCCCUUCAUCUUUGCCCUCUGCACCAUCAUCCCCAUGGAGCCCGACGAGGUGCUGCGGAAGGGCUCGGGGACGCUGUGCGAGGCACUGCUGAUGGUCCAGGCCUACCAUGCCAACAUCAUCUUCCCCAACAAGCAGGAGCAGGAGUUCAGCAAGCUGACAGCAGAUGGCCACCUGCUGGACUCCGAGACCUACGUGGGAGGCCACGUGGAGGCCCUGGAGUCUGGGGUCUUCCGCAGCGACAUCCCCUGCCGCUUCAGGAUGAACCCUGCUGCCUUCGAGUUCCUGCUGCAGCAGGUGGAGAAGACCCUGCGCCACGCCAUCGAGGAGGAGGAGGGGCUGCCCCUGGAGCAGGUCACCAACUUCCAGCAGGUCUGUGAGGAAAUCAAGGCCAAGCUGACUUCCCUGAAGGAAGUUCCCAACAGGAUUGAGUGUCCUCUUAUCUACCACCUGGACGUGGGGGCCAUGUACCCCAACAUCAUCCUGACCAACAGGCUGCAGCCCUCAGCCAUGGUGGAUGAGGCUACCUGUGCUGCCUGUGACUUCAACAAGCCUGGUGCCAACUGCCAGCGCCGCAUGACUUGGCAGUGGAGAGGAGAGUUCAUGCCCGCCAGCCGCAGCGAGUUCCACCGCAUCCAGCAGCAGCUGGAGACAGAGAAGUUCCCUCCCCUGUUCCCCGAGGGAGCUCCCAGAGCCUUCCACGAGCUGUCCCGGGAGGAGCAGGCCAAGUAUGAGAAGAAGAGGCUGGCAGAUUACUGUCGCAAGGCCUACAAGAAGAUCCAUGUCACCAGGGUGGAGGACAGGGUCACCACUGCCUGCCAGCGCGAGAACUCCUUCUACGUGGACACUGUGCGAGCCUUCCGCGACCGCCGCUACGAGUUCAAGGGGCUGCACAAGGUGUGGAAGAAGAAGCUGUGUGCGGCGCUGGAGAGCGGAGAGGCCUCUGCAGUGAGGCGCUGCAGGAACAUGGAGGUGCUCUACGAGUCCCUGCAGCUGGCACACAAAUGCAUCCUCAACUCCUUCUAUGGCUACGUCAUGCGUAAGGGGGCCCGCUGGUACUCCAUGGAGAUGGCUGGCAUCGUGUGCUUCACGGGGGCGAGCAUCAUCACCCAGGCCAGGGAGCUGAUCGAGCAGAUCGGGAGGCCUCUGGAGCUGGACACCGAUGGGAUUUGGUGUGUGCUCCCCAACAGCUUCCCAGAGAACUUUGUCAUCAAGUCAACCAAUGCCAAAAAGCCAAAGGUGACCAUCUCCUACCCAGGUGCCAUGCUGAACAUGCUGGUGAAGGAGGGCUUCACCAACGAGCAGUACCAGGAGCUGCAGGACGCAGCCUCCCUCACCUACGUCACCCGCGCCGAGAACAGCAUCUUCUUCGAAGUGGAUGGCCCCUACCUGGCCAUGAUCCUGCCUGCAUCCAAGGAGGAGGGCAAGAAGCUGAAGAAGAGGUACGCUGUGUUCAACGAGGAUGGGUCCCUGGCCGAGCUGAAGGGCUUUGAGGUGAAGCGCCGCGGGGAGCUGCAGCUGGUCAAGAUCUUCCAGUCCUCAGUGUUCGAAGCCUUCCUGAAGGGCAGCACCCUGGAGGAGGUCUAUGCCUCGGUGGCCAAGGUGGCUGAUUACUGGCUGGAUGUGCUCUACAGCAAGGCUGCCCACAUGCCUGACUCGGAGCUGUUCGAGCUGAUCGCCGAGAACCGCUCCAUGUCGCGCAGGCUGGAGGACUACGGCGAGCAGAAGUCCACCUCCAUCAGCACGGCCAAGCGCCUGGCAGAGUUCCUGGGCGACCAGAUGGUGAAGGAUGCAGGCCUGAGCUGCAGGUUCAUCAUCUCCAAGAAACCAGAAGGCUCUCCUGUCACCGAGAGGGCCAUCCCCUUGGCCAUCUUCCAGGCCGAGCCCAGCGUGCGCAAGCACUACCUGCGCAAGUGGCUGAAGAGUUCCUCCCUGCAGGACUUCAGCAUCCGCGCGAUCCUGGACUGGGACUACUACAUCGAGAGGCUGAGCAGCACCAUCCAGAAGAUCAUCACCAUUCCUGCUGCCCUGCAGCAGGUGAAGAACCCAGUGCCCCGGGUGCCUCACCCCCCCUGGCUGCACAAGAAGCUGCUGGAGAAGAAUGAUGUCUGCAAGCAGCAGAAGAUCAGUGAGCUCUUCAGCCUGGAAGGCAAGAGGCAGGUGCUCGCCAGCCGACCCGCCCAGGGCACCCCCAGCUCCCAGCCUGGGGACAUCGAGGACCUUGGGGCUGCCAGGCCCCAGCUGGCAGCGGUGCCCAUCGCCAGCAAGCGCAAGCGAGUCCCUGCGGCGGAGGAGAGCCAGCAGCUGUCGCAGGACCUGGAGCUGUCCCAGUCCUGGAGGGAGAUCCUGGGUCCUCCUCCACCCCUGGGCACCACCAAGGAGGAGAGGCUGCUCUGGCUGCGCUACCAUCAGAAGAAGUGGGAGCUGCAGGCUCGGCAGCGGCGGGAGCGGCGCAAGCGGCGGCGGCUGGAGGCAGGGGCGGUGCCCGCGGGCGUCGUGCGCGAUGCCCACUCCCGGGGGCUGGGCAGCUACCUGCGCAGGACAGCCCGCAGCAUCCUGGACCUGCCCUGGCAGAUCGUGCAGGUGGCAGAGAGCAGCCAGCCUGGGCUGUUCCGGCUGUGGGCACUGAUCGGCAGCGACCUGCACUGCAUCCGGCUCAGCAUCCCCCGCGUCUUCUACGUCAACCUGCGCCUGCCCAAGCCCCAGGAGGAGGGAGCAGCCUACAGGAAGGUGAACAGGAUCCUGCCUCGCUCCAACCUGGUCUACAACCUCUACGAGUACUCCGUGCCCGAGGAGCUCUACCAGGAGCACAUCAACGAGAUCAACGCAGACCUCUCUGCCCCAGACAUCGAGGGGGUCUAUGAGACUCAGGUGCCGCUGCUGCUGCGUGCCCUGAUCCAGCUGGGCUGUGUGUGCAUGGUCAGCAGGCAGCUGCUGGGGCAGCUGGCAGGGCGAGAGGCUGACACCUUCGAGAUGGAGCAGCUGGAGAUGUGCUCGCUGGCACAGUUCACCUACCUGGAGCCAGGAAGCAUUCGCCACAUCUACCUCUACCACAGCUGCCAGGGCAGCAGGGCACUGCUGGGCCUCUUCAUCCCCUGGCAGCGCAAAGCUGCUGUCUUCGUGCUGGACAAGGUCCGCACCAACCAGCUGCCCAACCUGGCCACGCUGUUCUCGGCGGAGCGUGGGGCGCUGCUGCAGAAGGUGGGCAAGGAGCUGCUGCCCCCCGACCAGCACAGCUUCGAGGUGCGCGCAGAGGCCGAGCCCAAGGCUGUGCACAGAGCCCUGCAGCGCCUGCUGCUGGCAUACAAGGACGAGCGCCGCGGCCCCACGCUGGUGGCUGUGCAGUCCACGUGGGAGCUGAAGCGGCUGGCCAGCGCCAUCCCCGUGCUGGAGGAGUUCCCCUUGGUGCCCAUCCGCCUGGCAGACGACAUCAGCUACUCGGUGCUGGACUGGCAGCGCCACGCUGCCCGCCGCAUGCUGCGCCACUACCUCAACCUGGACACUCGCCUCUGCCAGGCCUUGGAGAUGAGCAGGUACUACCACAUCCCCCUCGGGAACCUGCCCGAGGACAUCUCCACCUUCGGCUCCGACCUGUUCUUCUCGCGCCACCUGCGGCGCCACAACCACCUCCUGUGGCUGUCCCCCACGGCCCGCCCCGACCUGGGGGGCAAGGAGGCUGACGACAACCGCCUGGUGAUGGAGUUCGAGGAGAGAGCCUCUGUGGAGAUCAACAACCCUGGCUGCUACUGCACAGUGUGCCUGGAGCUGGACAUCCAGGGCCUGGCUGUGAACACCGUGCUGCAGUCCCACCACAUCAACGACAUGGAGGGAGGCUCCAGCAUGAGCAUCAGCUUCGAUGUGAUCCAGCAGGCGUCCCUGGCGGACAUGGUGACAGGCAACCAAGCUGCCCACGUCCCGGCCAGCUAUGACCAAACCGCCCUCUGCUCCAGCACCUUCAGGAUCCUGAAGAGCAUGGUGGUGAGCUGGGUGAAGGAGAUCACACAGUACCACAACGUCUACGCAGACAACCAGGUCAUCCACUUCUACCGCUGGCUCCGCUCCCCUGCCUCCCUGCUCUACGACCCAGCGCUGCACCGCAUGCUCCACACCAUGAUGAAGAAGCUCUUCCUGCAGCUGGUGGCUGAGUUCAAGCGCUUGGGCUCCUCGGUGGUUUAUGCCAACUUCAACCGCAUCAUCCUGUGCACCAAGAAGCGGCGCAUCGAGGAUGCCCUCGGCUACAUGGACUACAUCAUCAACAGCAUCCACUCCAAGGAGAUCUUCCACUCUCUGACCAUCUCCUUCUCCCGCUGCUGGGAGUUCCUGCUCUGGAUGGAUCCAGCCAACUACGGAGGGAUCAAGGGGAGAGUGGAUCCUCGCGUGCACUACGGGGAGAAGGACAGCAGCAAGAGGCAAGCGUUGGAGGAGGAGGAGGAGGACAGUGAAGAAGAGGAGGAGGCGGCGGCAGGGGAAGAGGAGGAGGAGGAGGAAGGAGAGACAAACGUGGAGGAGCUGCUGGAGAACAACUGGAACAUCGUCCAGUUCCUGCCCCAGGCUGCCUCCUGCCAGAGCUACUUCCUGAUGAUCGUCUCGGCCUACAUCGUGGCCGUGUACCACAGCAUGAAGGAGGAGCUGCGGCGCAACGCCCCCGGGAGCAGCCCCGUCCGGAGGAGGAGCAGCAGCCAGGCGUGCCAGGAGGCGCUGAGGGACACGGGGGCCAUGCCCGGCAUGAUCACCUUCUCCCAAGAGUAUGUGGCCAAGGAGCUCACCCAGAGCUUCUUCUCCAUCACCCAGAAGAUCCAGAGGAAGGUCUCUGCCUCCUGCCACGCCAGGGAGCCCUCAGACCUCUUCCCCGUGCUGCCUGGCUCCCACCUGCCGCUCAACAACCCAGCCCUGGAGCUCAUCAAAUGCGUCUGCAAGGUCCUCUCCUUGGACGCCAAUGUCACCAACCAGGUGACCAAGCUGCGCCGGGACCUGCUGCGCCUGAUCGAGGUGGGGGAGUUCUCCGCAGCGGCGCAGUUCCAGGACCCCUGCCGCUCCUACGUCCUGCCCGAGGUCAUCUGCAGGAACUGCAACUUCUGCAGGGACCUGGACCUCUGCAAGGACUCUGCUGCCAGCUCCCAGGACGGGUCGGUGCCCCCCAGCUGGGUGUGCUCCAGCUGCCAGGCUCCAUACGACACCGCUGCCAUCGAAGCUGCGCUGGUGGAGGCGCUGCAGAAGCAGCUGAUGGCCUUUGUGCUGCAGGACCUGGUGUGCAAGAAGUGCCAGGGCGUGAAGGAGGCUCACAUGCCCCUGUACUGCAGCUGUGCUGGAGACUUCGCCCUCACCAUCUCCUCCCAGGCCUUCAGGGACCACGUGGGCGUGUUCCAGGGCAUCGCCCAGCACUAUGGCAUGGCCUUCCUGCUGGAGACCAUCGAGUGGCUGCUGCACACCAGCCCCCAGCUGCAGCACUGAGCUCUGGGCUGCUCCUCCUGCCCCCACGCUGCUGCUGGGGGCACUGCCUCCCUGCUCUGCCAUCCAUGGAGAGCAGAUGUGGACUCCCUUGGCCGUCUGCUGGAUCCCCAGAGAAGCUGAGAACCUCUCCUGCAGGGAGAGAGGGAAGGCAGGAGCUGUGCCAGGCCUGGGCUGGGCUGCCCCUGCUGCAGGGCUGUGGGGGCACCAGGGACUGGAGCUGUGCUCCACAGGUCUGUGCUGGCCCCAGAGGUGUUUUUAGUGUGGAGUUCCUAUCAAUAAAUGGAUUGCAGAAGG